AAGGCUGAUUUUAAAAUGGUUGGCGUAAGUCGGUAUUCUCGAGUUAUAAUUGAUGGAGAUAAGGAUCCCGUUCAAGAAGAGUUAGCAGGCAGAGUUCGAGAAAUGGGAAAUCAGGCAAUCUGGAGUUUAUCCAGCUGCAAACCGGGUUUUGGAGUGGACCAACUGCGGGAUGAUAUUACUGAAACUUAUUGGCAAUCGGAUGGACAAUUACCUCAUCUUGUAAACAUUCAGUUUAGGAGAAAAACUACUAUUCGCGACAUAUGUAUUUAUACAGAUUACAAACUCGAUGAAAGCUACACUCCCAGUAGGAUAAGUGUCAGAGCUGGAACAAAUUUUAAUGACCUUCAGGAAGUUGAAGUUAUGGAUCUUAAUGAACCAAGUGGUUGGGUUGUUAUUCCAAUUAAGGAUAUAAACGAGCGUCCAAUUAGGACAUUUAUGCUUCAAAUAGCUGUGAUAAGCAACCACCAAAAUGGAAGGGAUACGCACAUGCGACAAAUCAAAGUGCACAGCCCUGCAAUCGAUAUUGUGGGUCCGCCUGCAUUCUAUUUACCUGGAGAGUUUCUCACUAAUGAAUUUCAACAAUACGCAACCAUCAGAUGACAUCUUAAUCUUAUUAUGAAGAAAAUGUAUUUCUAGGCUAAUAAUGAGUGAAAAAGAUGCAUUCGAUCUCUAUUUUGCAAAUCAAUGAAUUAAUUGGUACAUACUGUCUGUGAUUCUAGUUCAAGCACGUUAUAACUUAAAGCCGUAUUUAGGAUCGCUGCAAACAAAAAGUUCAGGGAGGUCACAUAAUAAAAAAGCUCUCACCUAA